AUGGUCACGGAGGAAGCAGCGCAAAUGGCAAAGUAUAAAUCAUUCGGGUACGAAGUCGAGUCGCCUUAUAAAUUUGUGAAUGUCGAUUGUGAAAAUAUAACGAGCGAACGGAAUGAGAGAGAGAGAGAGAGAGAGAGAGAAAGCGAGUGAAAUGGAAGCGAGUUCAAUGAAACUCGAUUGUUUUAGAAGCUGUGAAAAUUUUACCGAUGUAAGUAGAGACACUGACUGUAAAUUCACGAUUAACUUGAUGACCGAAUUGUUUCAGUGCAAUGUUCGACGACAUUCAUUGCUUGUACUGAAUUCUUUGUUCCUUUAAUUAAAUCCUUUUCAGAAAUCGAUCGUUCUCACUGUGUGCUCCAUACACUCACCGUGUCGUUUCAUCCACGUUACACGUUCCUUCUCGUUUACGUUACACGUUCGAACUCUAACAGCUUGAAAAACACGGAGAUAUCGAAACGAGACGUCGAACCAAUUGGAGGCCGAUCUGCAACACUCUGCAAUCCUCCCUGCAUUUUUCUCACUUCCCGUUCUUCUCUUUCGUUUUCUUUCUCUUUUGCCCGACACCAACGUUGUCGUUCACUUUCGUACGACUGACUAAACGAAUGGAUGUUUCAGGAGGUCUACGAUCGCAGAAACGUCCUUGGACCAGGGUAGAAAUGAUCGACCGCAGUUCCAAGUUACUGUUCCAGCUUCCAGUCCAACGAUAGCCGUCUCGAUGCCCUGGAAAAUUGAGAUAAAUCGGGACGAGGAUGACGAGAGGAUGACGGCUGGACACAAUGGAGAUGAAGUAGACGACAAUAAUUCCUCUUUAGGGGAAAAAGUAGCAGAGGAUUCAACCGUGGAUUCAGUCAAAACUGUUUUGGUACCUGUUAGAGACCCAGUGACGAAAAAAGUUAGAAAUGUGUUGGUGCCUGUUGAAGAGAUGGACGAUACUGGAUUGAACGUCAUCAAAAGUGUACUGAUUCCUUUGCAGGAGCAUGAUGGAUCGAUUUCUUAUGAAAUUAAGAAAGUCGUAGUGCCUAUCAAGCCGGAAUUCAGCUUGCCACCGAGAAGGAAGGCCGAAGUUAAAUCAUUGACGAAUAAAGUCAAAGGUACGCAGGUGAAUUGUAAGAGAAAAGAGGAAAAAAUAACCGAAGAGAAAGGAAAGGUAACGUUUGAUACUCUUGAAGAAGCUGAGGAACAAGAAGAAAAAGUGAGGAAGCAGAAGGAAACGAAGGAAACAGAGAAAAUACCAACGGAUGCAUCGAAGGGAGAAGUAGAUCAGAUACUGGACACCUUAAGAGACAUUUGUCCAUUCUGUCAGAAACGUUUCAAGGACGAAAACCAGAUGCAGAAGCACAUUGUGAAAACACACAGGAAGCCCUACAACUGCGACAAGUGUCACAAAGGAUACUUCACCGACUUCGCUCUGGAGGAACAUCAGAAAACGCACGAGGUGGUCUCGUUUUAUCAGUGUACCGUUUGCCAGAUGCAGUACAAGACGACGGCGGGAUUGAAGUAUCAUCAGAUCCGCAAACACAGCGACAUAGACCCGAUAUUCACGUGCGAUUACUGCGGCAAGCGGUUCAAAUUGAAGUUGGACUUGGGUGUUCACAUCGACAGAUCCCACAUGAACGUCACUCACAUUUGCAGAUUUUGCGGCAUGGCCGUGAAGAACAUCGUGUAUCACGAGUUGAAACACGAGAAACACAAGAAGGCCAGUUCCCUCUAUCGUUGCAGCGUCUGCCCUAGAAAAUUCAAAGCGUGGAACAGAUUGGAGAACCAUUUGCUAAUGAAACACAAAUCGCCCGGUGACGGAUCGCCCGAUAUGUUAAGGACGCUCUGCGAAAAGAAAUUCCAAUCGAGACGUGACUUUUACCGGCACGUGCUCAGUCAGUCGGUGGCGAAGCAGAAUAAAUGCGUCGUCUGCGACAAAACCUUCGCCUUUGAGUACAAUCUUCGCAAUCACGUGGCAUCGCACUCGCACUCGUACUUGUGCUGCCAGUGCGGCAAGAAUUUCACUACGAAUUAUUUGUUGAAGCUGCACCUUCGCAAACACACUGGCGAACGGCCGUAUCAGUGUAAAACGUGCCUGAAGACGUUCACCAGAUCAAACUCGCUUAGGAUACACAGUUUCAUUCACACCGGAGAGAGACCAUACGUGUGCGAUCUGUGCGGUCAAAGUUUCACUCAGAAAGGGAGCAUGACGAUACAUCGUCGCAAGCAUCCCGGAGGUCACCCGCCGCCUCCUCCUCCUUUAAUACUCAGUAGACUCGAAAAUAACGAGCAUUAA